AUGAAAUGGGACGCAGUGGUGUUGUCGAUACGGGCGGAUCAAGAAGUGGAUGAAGCACGGAAAUUGAUGAAUUUUCUUCGAGAGUGUGGUUUGUUCACAACGGACUCUUUGCUUGUCGUUUCGGAUCCAUGCGAUGACGUUGGUUCUGCUGGAAGUGCUCUGAAUGCACUUCUAACUACAGCCGAACACCUUUGCGCAAAUCGCGGACUUCCUGUACUAAAUGAGUGCUUACUGGAAUCUUCUGUGAUACUUAUUUUAUUGCUGGGAGCUUCCAGCAAAUCUCUUCCUUUGGGUCCUGCUUUCUUAGUUACGGAUGAUCGCGUAGUCGAGACCCCAUGGAUCGCUAUGGAGUGUCCAAUAGUGAAUGCCAUUAGAAAUGUCAAUAAUUUAGCAAGAAGCUACAACAAAGGCGUUUGGAUCUGUGGAACUGAUGCGUCAUGGAAAAUCGGCAAUCACGUCAAGUUCUCUUUCUUAGAUUCCGAAAUAGCUGCGUUUUGUUUUGAAGGACGAGCAGACGAUUGCCUUUCUCAUGGGGUCUAUGAACUCAGUAACAAGAAUAUGGUGAAGUCCAUACACUACCGUUCUGAUGCACAGAACUCCAAUCCAAAGGUGGUCCUCGCUUUGGUCUACCUGCCUCCACGACUUUCAACUCGAUUUCUAUCUCUUUACUCUGUUUAUCCAAUUUCGCGAUCCACUUAUUAUGGAAUUGACAGCGGAGCACUCGGCCUAAAGCUAUCGCUAUUUUUCGAUUUGAUACUGGCGACAUGCUUAGCAGAGACGGAUUUCGUGUCCAAAAACGUUUUUGAGAAGUCCGACAAAAAUGUGGACAUUUUGAAGCACUCGCGAAGAGAAAUAUGGAAGCGAUUUCAUGGAACAAAAUGUCGCGCAUACUGCCUUCCGCUAAAUGAGUACAAAUACCUAGGAUCUGUAGAAAACCUCAGUUCGAACCAACCUAUCUCGAUGGCCAUGAAAUGCCUUCGAGAUAAUAUGCUUAAACGUGUUAGAGAAAUAGCCCUAGAAGCUCGGCAGCAUUAUUCAACAGCUGUUCUAAAGACAUUGAUGGCAUCCAAUAAAUGUUGCAGCGAUAAAGCCGAUGUCUUAGCAUACCUGGAGUCAGUAUGCAUGGAGAGCACUCGUCAACGGGCACACGUCCUCAUGCUGACGGCCGAAUUUCUUGCGCUAAAUGCGCAUGGAAGAGGAGGGCUGCGGAGUGGUCCUGCAGCGAAUCCAUCUUUUUCUGUUAUUUUUGAAUCUAUAAAAAAGGAUCCCGAGAAUCGAACACACGUACACGCACUGUACAGCUUAAUUAGAGAGAAGUGGAUGCGCACCGAAACUGACAUGAUAAGAGCGGCUCGCCAUCUUGAAGGGGCUGCACAAAUUUACAUCCAGCUGAAUGUACAGGAAAUUUGCCAGAAGUAUAUGCCUGCCCCAAACUCACGAAGCAACAAAACGGCAUCUAAGAAUGUUACUGUGCAAGCAGCUGCUAGGAUUGACCUCUUUGGUGGAUGGUUGGACACACCUCCUAUAACGCUGCAUGCCAAACCAUCAGCUGUUGUGAACAUGGCUAUUACUAUUGAUGGGAAGAAGCCCAUAAUCUGUCAUAUCCGUCCUUCUUUCACGUCUGGAGUAACUGUGAGGACUGACGGUACCACAAUCUUGCUUCCUAAUGCAUCUGCUGUUUUGGCGUCAUACAACAAACCUGGCAAUCCUGGUGCACUGAUAUGUGCAUGCUUAGUAUGUAUAGGUGUACCUAAAAAACGUGAAGACGAUUUGAGUUCAAUCUUAGAGGAAAGAUUUUCUUCCAAAGGGUUGGAGAUAGAGUGCCUGUCCAUUCUUCCACAUGGAUCCGGACUUGGAACGUCAUCAAUUCUUGCCGCUGCCAUCAUCAAAGGACUUUGGGAGAGCAGCGGCAUUCCAUAUACUGAAAAGAACAUUUGUCAUGCUGUGCUAAUGGUGGAGCAACUACUGACGACAGGAGGUGGGUGGCAAGAUCAAGUUGGAUGCCUCUAUCCAGGCGUAAAGAAAGGUUAUAUAUGUGAAGAUGAUGGGAGCGUCGACGUCGAAGGCAUAUCUAUAAGUCAAGAGUUCGAACAAGAGAUUAACAAACGCAUGGUAUUAAUUUACACUGGGAAAACACGAUUAGCGAAGAACCUGCUACAGGAAGUGAUUCGCGGUUGGUACUCCGGUGGGCCAAUAUGUGAAGUUAUUAAAUCCCUGGAAGAAAAUGUUUCCAAAUUUGCGGAAGCUCUAAAGAGGGGAAGGAUAGAUCACGACUUAGUUGAAGUUUACUACCGAGCAAAAAAAUCGUUUGCGUCUGGAUGUGAACCGGAAACUAUUGCUUCUCUCAUCUCUUCUUUGAAAAGCAAAGAUCUCAUCGAAACAGCCUGGCUUGCCGGUGCUGGUGGAGGCGGUUUCCUCUACGUCUGGCUGAAACCGAAUGCUAGUGUGAAAGAGAUCAGAAUCCAUGUAAAGACCUUCGGUAGUGCGGGAAUGACUGUGCAUACCGUUGAGCUCCUUUCUAUUUUAUUAUGUCAUGUCACGUUUUGUUAUUUUAUUUGUGGGUUUAAUUACUCAAGUUUGAGAACGGCCAUGGAUCGCCUUUCUAAUGCUAUUGAUACGCUUAUGGAACAAACCUGUAGUGGUUUGCUUAGACCCAAAUAUAUUCGGGUUGCUGCAAAAGAUUGCGGUUUGCAACUUAGCAAGGACGACGCGAAUGAUUUGGCUCUCAAAAUUCUGACCCUGUUUCGAUCCAAAUGUCGUACGGGCAUCAAUGAGCUGAUCGAGGACACUGAAAUAGAGAAGAAAUUUUGCGACCUUAAAUUUCUGACAGAAAAGUGCAGAGAAAUGAAUGACCGACUUGGUAUAACUGAUGGAUAUCGGUCACUUGGUGUGAAGGCUGAUCUGGAGGGUGCAUUGCAUCCUGUCGCUAGUAAGUAUCAUGGAACGUUGACCAUGUUCAAUGAAGAACUAGAUGAGGACAUUGAGACUGCGCGUGAUACAUUGAAACAGGCGAAGGAGCGGGUCAGCAUAUUAGCAAAAAUGACUGACUCGAUGAUGGAGAACAAGGAAUUGUCGCAAUAUCUAAUUUUUGAUGAUUAA